UGUUUUGGUACAGCCCGGCCACGCCCCCUCGCGGACGCUCUUGGUACGCGCCGCGCUCCCCCGCUCGCCGCAGUGGUUUGGCCGCGGCGACCCCUCUUCGGCGGCGCGUCCCCUGCGCUUGGUACAGCCCUGCCCGUCUCCCCCGAAGCCGCGCGCCCGCGCCCCUCAGUCCGUGGAGCCUGCAGCCCCCCGUGUGGCCCGUGGCAACCCCCAGCCCACUCGGCCCGUGCCCGCCAUGGUCCGUCCGCGCCGCGCUCCGCACCGCUCCGGCGCUGGGGGCCCCCUCGGGGGUCGCGGUCGCCCUCCGCGGCCCCUCACAGUGCGCGCUGCCCGCUCGCGCUCCUGGCCGGCCAGCCCUCGCGGCCCGCAGCCGCCGCGGAUCCGGGCCCGCUCGGCCCCUCCCAUGCAAGGUGCUCGGGUGUUCGGCGCCUUGGGUCCCAUUGGGCCUUCCUCACCUGGUCUUGCCCUCGGGGGCCUGGCUGUAGGUGAGCACCGGCUCAGCAACAAGCUGCUGGCCUGGAGCGGCGUCCUCGAGUGGCAGGAGAAGCGCCGACCCUACUCAGACUCCACUGCGAAACUGAAGCGGGCCCUCCCUUGCCAGGCCUACGUGAACCAGGGCGAGAACCUGGAGACUGACCAGUGGCCCCAGAAGCUGAUCAUGCAGCUCAUCCCGCAGCAGCUGCUGACCACCCUGGGCCCCCUGUUCCGCAACUCCCAGCUGGCGCAGUUCCACUUCACCAACAGAGACUGCGACUCCCUCAAGGGGCUUUGCCGCGUGAUGGGCAAUGGCUUCGCGGGGUGUAUGCUCUUCCCCCACAUCUCCCCCUGCGAGGUGCGCGUGCUUAUGCUGCUGUACUCAUCCAAGAAGAAGAUCUUCAUGGGCCUCAUCCCCUACGACCAGAGCGGCUUCGUCAACGCCAUCCGGCAGGUCAUCACCACGCGCAAACAGGCCGUGGGCCCUGGCGGUGUCGCAGGUCCGGUUCAGAUCGUCAACAAUAAGUUCCUGGCAUGGAGCGGUGUCAUGGAGUGGCAGGAGCCCAGGCCUGAGCCCAACAGUCGGUCCAAGCGGUGGCUGCCCUCGCACGUCUACGUGAACCAAGGGGAGAUCCUGAGGACCGAGCAGUGGCCGAGGAAGUUGUACAUGCAGCUCAUCCCGCAGCAGCUACUGUGUGUGGACCGCACAGAGGCAGGGCUUCCGGGUCACGGAGCUGCCCUGGCUGGCCCGCAGACCACCCUGGUGCCGCUGUUCCGGAACUCACGCCUGGUGCAGUUCCACUUCACGAAGGACCUGGAGACGCUGAAGAGCCUGUGUCGGAUCAUGGACAAUGGCUUCGCCGGCUGCGUGCACUUCUCCUACAAGGCGUCGUGCGAGGUGCGCGUGCUCAUGCUGCUGUACUCGUCGGAGAAAAAGAUCUUCAUCGGCCUCAUCCCCCACGACCAGAGCAACUUCGUCAACGGCAUCCGGCGCGUCAUCGCCAACCAGCAGCAGGUCCUGCAGCGGAACCUGGAGCAGGAGCAGCAGCAGCGCGGGAUGGGGGGGUAGUGGCCACUCCCAGGCUGGGCCCCUCCAGGAGUCACAGACGAGGCCCCUGCUGAAACUGGUCAGAUGUCUCUGAGCAGAGGCCCCUGGGGAUGGCAGCUGCCCAGCGAGAUGGAGGACCGUGGCCGGAGAGGUCUCCAAGGACGGUCCCCAACCCUGUACGUGCCCCCAAUAAAGUCUUUUAAAAGCCCA